GUCAACAACUGUGUGAAGCAAAAGUUUGAGCAAUUACUGGGUGGAAUUUCAAGAAGAGAGGUAGCAGAAGCGGUAUGGAAGAAAUAUUUCGACAAAGCUGCAUGGAGUUGGACUCAGGAGGGUUUUCUUCAAAAGAUUAAUCAGUUUGAGAGGGUCUGGACACAGAAGAACAUAAAAAUGGUUGACUACGUGCGAGGUGAGUGGUUGCCUUGUCAGACAAUGUGGGCAAAGUGCUACACGAACCAUGUGUUUCAUCUUGGUAACACGAGCUCGAAUAGAGUUGAGUCAUCUCACUCUUCAUUCAAGAGUUUCCUUGUGUCUGGUAGAGGAGCGAUUGACACUUGUUUUGCGAAGAACCACAACUACAUGGAACAUCAGUUUCUAGAAGUGGUGAAUGAGCUGCACAAGUCACUUAACCGCAAUCUGAGUAGGGCAAUUGAGCCUCCGUGCACGUUUUUGAGGAGGGUCGUUAGUUGUGAGGCGAUCAAACUGAUGUUAGAUGGGGCGGCGGAGUUGAAGGACCGUUGUGCGUGUCAUUUUCAGAUGACACAUGGGCUCAAGUGUGCUUGCCAGGUUGUUCAAGCUAAGGAAGAAGGACGUCAAUUCUAUGCUCAAGAGUUGCAUGUAUUUUGGCGGACUUUGGAUUAUAAAAACCCCCCACGUCAACAACAAGUCAAUGAUGAAAUUGAGCUUCAACGAGAACACUUUAGGCGUCUUACUGUUGAGGUGGAAGAAAGAGGUCCUGAAGCAGUGAGACAAGCAAGAGAUGCCCUAUUCUAUGGGCUUCACCCAGCAGAGGACAAUGUGAGGGAACCGGAAGUGAAUGAGAAUCCGAGAGGACGGCCUCGAACAAGCACCAGUCGCAUUCGUUCAUAUUAUGAGCGGUCUCGUUCGAGGAGUACUGGGCCUGGAUCGAGUGGAGGCAGGGGGCGAUCGAGUGGAGGUAGAUCCCGAUCGAGUGGAGGCAGAUCCCGAUCGAGUGGAGGCAGAUCCAGAUCGAGUGGAGGUAGAUCCCGAUCGAGUGGAGGUGAAUCCGACGAGCAUGAUACAGAGUUUGUUCGACCUUUGCUGGUAGGCGAUUUCAACCCUAGUCCAGACGGCCAUUGUGGUUUUAGGGCACUUUCUCAUUGUAUUUAUGGGGAUGAUAGUCACUAUCUGCUCAUGAGAUCGGCGAUUGUCCAAGAAAUCCAACAACAUUUCUGGAAGUACGAGAACUUGUAUCAUGGUGGUCCACUAGCUCACAUUGACCGCAUCAAUUGGCUCGAGGCGGGUUCCGCACCAAUGGGGCGAUGGAUGGAUUCUGAGGACUUGUUCGUGUUUGCCACCAUCUACAACAUCGCAGUCAUGGUCUUCACAUACCAGAUGUUUGAUGUCAAUAAUGGAAACCGUCCACUACCCAACCGCUACGAUGAUGCCUAUGUGGUAUUGCCUAUUGAUGCGGACCAAGGUACUUUGCCACCAACCAUGUUCUUAUCACUGCACUAUGUGAACAACCACUACAUUCGAUUGUACUUCAACCAGGAUCAGUUUCCCAUACCCCCUCUGCAUCCACUUUGGCAUGGGAUAAGAAGUCCUAACGUGGCGGGAUGGGAAGCUAUUCUCGAGGGUGGACAAAAUUUGUAUGCGAGUCUUGGUGGUCGGCAGCGAGCCAGGCAGAGAGACCCCCGAAGAGCUAGGGGAAGGGGUAGGGGUAGGAGCAAUGCAUAGUGUUGCG